GGACACUCAACUUGUCGUUUCUCAUUUAGCUUUUACUCGACGGCCUGGCCUGACAUGUGAUGUCCUCAAACACUCUUCUCAGUGUAUGCCAAAUCCAUCUCCACUUUCUUCUUUUUGGGUAAUGGGUUCUAGGUUGGUUCGUUGUGGAGCCAGCUAGAACUCCUUGUUACUUAUUCUUUCUGGUCAACUAUCCAACAAUAAUCGACCAUGGCGUUAUUUGAAGAAGGGCACUACCAGAUUAAGUUUACUUAUUAAAAGCUGACAAAGAAAUGAGAUUCCAUUAUACUAGAGGAACACAUUCGAUUGAAUACUAUUAGAAUGAAGAUUACUAUUCUUUACAUUCUGUUCCUUUGUAAAAUAACUUUGGUUCAUAAUUUAGCAUAUCCACUGAAAGUAGAAAAACGUAUAAUUAAUGGUAAAAAAGCCGAGAAAUAUGCCUAUCCUUGGGCUGUAUCUAUCAAAGGAACAAAUCCUAUUUUCAAACAGGUUACUUAUUGUGGAUCCACAUUAAUUGGUGAUCGUUGGUUACUAACUGCUGCUCAUUGUUUUUGGGCUGGAUCAUGGUCAAAAUCUCAUUUAAUGGAGCCCAGUAAUUGGCAUGUUCAAGCUGGAAGUAAUGUGAUUGAACUUGGCGAAGAAUAUGGCUACAGAGGACAUGUUCUAAAGCCAGGAGCAAGUGAACGACAAUCUCUUAUCACUGCAUUGAUUAAAAGAUUGAUUGACAUUUUUUCAAGUGGAUCAGGAAAACAGGGAGCUGUUUGGCAUACGCACUUGAAAAAAAUCAUAUUGCAUCCAAAUUAUAGACCAGAUGAUUUAGAAUACGAUCUUGCCAUACUGGAGUUGGAUGCACCAUUACCAAAGGAAGAUCCUGGAGUUCAAAUUGCUGAUUUACCACCUGGUGAAGAUUACCUACCUUGGCCACCUGAGCAAGCUGAAUGCAUAUUUGUUGGCUGGGGUUGUCGUGUGAAGUAUGGGAAACCAUCAGCAGAAGCUCAAGUGGUUCAUUUUACUACACUUAAAAAUCGAGACUGUUCACUGAUGUAUGGUUAUGCGGCAGGUUUAAAUGAUGAACAUGAAUUCUGUGCUGGUUAUUAUCAAGGUCGUGUUGGCAUUUGCUCGGGUGAUAGUGGAAGUGGUUUAAUUUACAAAAAAGAUAAUAAAAAUUAUUUGGUUGGUGUAGCUUCUGCUACACAUGCAACUUCUCCAGAACUUUAUCCAGGAUUAUUUACAAGAGUUUCAUACUUUAAAGAUUGGAUUAUACAAGUGAUCAAUGAAGGUGGUGACAGUAACAAUUCAACUAGUUCAACUUGAUUAGAUUUACUUUACACAUAUAUUGUUAUAAUUUCAGUUUAUUUAACUUUAAAUAACAUUUUUAUUGAUGUUGAAUUCAAGGAUUAUAUGAAAGAGACUUUUAACUCUUUUUUCAUAAUAAGUGAUUUCAUUAAACAAGAAUAAACUCUUGAUUACGUAAUCAGUUCAUUUCUAAUAAAUAAGUUUC